UUAAGGGGUAGGGAGCACCGGCUGGCAGGCGUUAAAGGAUUUCCUCCCCUCGACAUAAAAUCGUUAAAUUUACGACAAUGUCAGAACUUCAAAUGCGUGGCGAAAACGCAAAAGGUUCAAGCAAAAUUAGUUGCCAGAUCGAACAGCCAAUCACUCUAAAGUCAUCUAAUCUAUACAAAAAUGGUUAAAAAUUGAUAAUCAAUGAACAGCAAAGAGUUACAGCAUUCAGACUUUUUCAGCCAAACACUGAUCCACGUGCCAGAAGCUGAGAUGUAGACCACGCUUAGCUUCAGAUUCAGACAAAACCUUUUCAGCCCUAUAAAUACCCCACUCGGAUCCGGAGUCUGUCAGUACUUGAGUACAGUGUUCAACAGACAGACAUCAAGAUGAGAUUCAACUUCGUCCUGGCCUUUGGUCUUGCUGUCCUCGUGGCGACCGUCUAUGGUGCCUCUAAUUCAACUUCAACAGCCAGCAACUCCACUUCGGCCACUACCACCACCACCACCACGACGACUACCACAACCACGACGGUCCCCACCCCCACCGAGAGUGCUACUGACUCCUCCUCGAGCUCCGACAGCGAGGAGGUGAAGAAGCUGAGGCGCAAGCUUCGCAGGCUGAGGCGUCAGGAGAGGCGUCAGGCGAGGCGCCAGGAGAUUCGCCGGGAGAGGCAGGAAAAGCGCGCGGAGAAACGUUCGGAAAGAAGGCGCCAUCGUAGGGGUUAAACAGAUAAACUGUCGGUGUUUUUAAAUGGAACAA